UUCCGCCGCAACCUCACCGGUCGCUUCAGAGAAUUCUACCAACUCCACAGUUCAAACUCCCAUCUCUCUUCACUCGUCGCUAGCAACCUUGGAACAAUUUCUCCACUGUCCAAUCACAGCACUAGAGUGCCCGGUUUGUGGUCAUGAGUUCACGUCUUUUUCGCAGUUGUGUAAAAAUAGCAUUAUUGAGGAUUUCGUGAGGGAAUAUAGAGAAAUGAGAUUGUCGAUGAUUCAACUAUACACGUUAGGUCUUCAAGUCGAAAAUAAAGCACGCGAAGGAGAAGAAUCGAAGUCCGUGGCACCGCUCGUCACAAGAGUCGAUUCACAGAUAGACGCAUUAUCAUCACAACCUACAAAUCAAGAAUCCGACGUCUCAGAAAACUUAUCAAAACCCUUAUCACCUUUGUAUUCCAUGAAAAGAGAGAAUUCUAUUGAUCUGAAGAGGAGUAUGUCAAAUGACGAGGCGGAUGUUCCGGCCAAACGAAUAAAAGGCGAAAAUGAUGAAAUGGCAAUUCGUAGGAAUAAGGACAGUAUUAGUAACAAACCAAAGCCCGUGUAUUCUUUGAUCAAAGAUAAGAAAUUGAAAGAUAUGCUAAAGGACGAAGGAUUGCCUUUGAGUGGCAACAGGAGCGACUGGCAAAAACGGCAUGCAUAUUUUAUCCACUUAUGGAACUCAAAUGCUGACGCCACCAAACCUAAGACCAAGGAAGAGUUGAUAAGGGAGGUCAAAAAUUGGGAGAGGGCACAACAAAGCGGUGCCGCGAGGACUGCUAAUGAUGUUAAAAAGACUCUAAAUACGGAAGAAGAAAUAAAAUUUUAUGAUAUCCUUUUAUUUAUUCAAUGUUGA